AUGGCUUCGUUUGUUCUUCGAUCUAUUGCCAGAAAUUUCAAAGCGCACGAAACAUCGGCAUAUCUUUUGAAGUCGGGUAUCGUCUCAACAGCAUCAUCACAAAAUAUUCAAACUCGACAAGGAUCAUCGGCCGCACCGAAAAAACGUAUCAAAGUUGCCAAUCCAAUUGUCGAAUUAGAUGGUGAUGAAAUGACACGCAUCAUCUGGGCAUGGAUCAAGGAAAUGCUCGUUUUUCCUUAUGUCGAUGUCGAUUCCAAAUACUACGAUUUGGGUUUGGAGAAUCGUGAUGCCACCAAUGAUCAGGUGACAAUCGAAUCAGCCCAUGCCAUCCAGCGAUACAAUGUCGGUAUUAAAUGUGCAACCAUUACACCUGAUGAACAACGAGUCGAAGAAUUCAAAUUGAAAAAGAUGUGGCUUUCACCCAACGGAACCAUUCGAAAUAUUCUUGGUGGAACCGUUUUUCGUGAACCAAUUAUCUGCAAAACAAUCCCACUAUUAGUUCCUGGCUGGAAGGAACCCAUCGUCAUCGGUCGUCACGCUUUUGGUGAUCAAUAUCGUUGCCAAGAUAUGGUCAUCAAACAUCCCGGCCGUGUAACAUUGAAAUAUGCGCCGGCUGAUGGUUCUCCACCACAAGAAGUCGAAGUUUUCAACUUUACUAACUCAGGAGGUGUUUCCUUGGCCAUGUACAACACUGACGAAUCCAUCACUGGCUUUGCUCAUGCAUGCUUUCAAUACGCUUUGAAGAAGAAUUACCCAUUAUAUAUGUCAACCAAAAAUACAAUUCUUAAACGAUACGAUGGUCGCUUCAAAGAUAUCUUCGAAGAAAUCUAUCAACGACAAUAUAAACAAGAAUUCGAACGUAACAAAAUCUGGUAUGAACAUCGCUUAAUCGACGAUAUGGUUGCCCAAGCUCUCAAAAGCACUGGUGGCUUCGUUUGGGCUUGUAAAAACUACGAUGGUGAUGUUCAAUCAGACAUUGUUGCCCAAGGUUAUGGCAGUCUUGGACUUAUGUCAUCGGUGCUUGUUUGUCCAGAUGGCAAAACGAUCGAAUCCGAAGCCGCACACGGUACUGUAACACGUCACUAUCGUGAACAUCAAAAAGGAAAAUCAACUAGUACAAAUCCUAUUGCAAGUAUUUUCGCAUGGACACGUGGUCUUGAACAUCGUGGUAAACUCGAUGGUAACGAAGAACUUCGACGCUGGUGUCAAUUACUUGAAGAAGCUUGCGUUGAAACAGUCGAUUCAAAGAAAAUGACGAAAGAUCUUGUUGCCUGUAUUCAUGGAUUGAAGAAUGUCAAAGAAGGAAUGUAUUUGAAUACCAAAGAUUUCAUCAAUGAAAUCAAAAUUACACUGAAUAAGAAACUUAAUUACGUUAGCUAA